CCGAACUAAAAUUCCCUCCUUCCCUCGUUUUCUGCUCUCUCAGCCAAACCCCCCCUUACCCCGUCCCUCCCAACCCAGACUCACUUCCUCUCAAACUCCUUUUUCUCUCUCUAAAAUUCUCUCUCUCACUCUAACCAGCAGAUCCCAUUUCCGUACACUUUAAACCCUAAACCUCUUCCUUCUCCCUCUGACCCUCCCAGCUUCCUCCAAACCCUAACACCGCUCUCUAUUCUGAAGCUCUUUCUAGCAGAUCGUCUUGGCAAUCGGACUAUCAGACCGUUGAUUGCUCCAGGAGUCUUAUCCUCCAUGUCCGGCAACCCUCGAGCUCCCAACCGACCUACGCCACCGCCGCCGGUGCCUUCCGGUGGCGGUCAGAUCCUGCCGCCGUUAAGGAGGCACCUUGCUUUCGCUUCAACGAAGCCACCGUUCCUCCCUCCCGACGAUUAUCAUCGAUUCUCCGGCGAUGCUCACAGAGCCGCCGAUCAAGAACCCGAGGCUAUUGUUGUCCGAUCCCCUCAACUAAAGCGGAAGAAUGGUAUCGACAACAGUGAAGUUGAGCAUGGUGAUUGGAUGAGCGGUUCUGGAUAUACUAAUGUUAUAAAUAGUCCCCUGAACACUCCUGUAUCUGCUAAAGGGGGGAGGGCAUACAACAGGUCAAAGACUUCGAAGGGCAAUAGAUCAGCACCUCAGACACCUGUGUCAAAUGCUGGUUCUCCUUCUCCUUUAACUCCAGCUGGCAGCUGUCGUUAUGACAGUUCUCUUGGUCUUUUGACAAAGAAAUUCAUCAAUUUGAUUAAGCAUGCAGAAGAUGGUAUUCUUGACCUGAAUAAAGCAGCUGAAACUUUGGAGGUGCAAAAGAGGCGGAUAUAUGACAUAACAAAUGUCUUGGAAGGCAUAGGUCUAAUUGAGAAGAAGCUCAAGAACAGAAUACGCUGGAAGGGACUUGAUGCUUCAAGACCAGGGGAGGUUGAUGGUGACAUUACCACGUUACAGGCAGAAGUUGACAAUCUUUCUAUGGAAGAGCGCAGAUUAGAUGACCGGAUAAGAGAGAUGCAGGAAAGAUUGAGGGAUCUAAGUGAAGAUGAAAACAACCAAAAGUGGCUUUUUGUGACUGAAGAUGAUAUUAAAGGUCUUCCCUGCUUUCAGAAUGAAACACUCAUAGCAAUUAAAGCUCCGCAUGGAACCACUCUGGAAGUUCCUGAUCCUGAUGAAGCUGUUGACUAUCCACAGAGGAGAUACAGGAUAAUUCUUAGAAGCACAAUGGGCCCUGUUGAUGUCUACCUUGUCAGUCAAUUUGAGGAGAAGUUUGAGGAGAUGAAUGGUGUUGUGCCACCUGCGAGCUUUCCACUUGCUUCUAGUUCAGGAUCUAAUGAGCACCCAGUGACAGAAGUGGUCACAAUGGACAACACCAGAAAGGAUAUUGAGCCACAGGUGCAAAAUGAUCAUCAGAUGUGCUCAGACAUUAAUGCUUCACAGGAGUUUGGAGGGGGAAUGAUGAAGAUUGUUCCUUCUGAUGUUGAUAAUGAUGCGGACUACUGGCUUCUCUCUGAUGCUGAAGUAAGCAUUACAGAUAUGUGGAGAACAGAUUCUGGUGUUGACUGGAAUGGUGCAGAUAUACUUCAUGCAGACUUUGGAAUGACUGAUGUCAGUACACCAAGGUCACAAGAUCCUCCAUCUGGAAUCGCUGAAGCACCAACUAGUAAUGUUCACUUCUCCCCGAGAUGAAACUUAAUAUGCAUACCAAGCAAAAGUAGAAACUCUCUCCUAUGCACCGCAUCAGUGACAUUCCAUAUUUGUCAAGCACUUGAAGAUGCCAGUUGGUUUCCCGGUGAUGGCAAAGGGAAACUUUGGAAGAAGAAGCCGAUGGAUGGUAACCUAGGGGUCAUUGUUAUACUGUACAGUUCAGUAAUAUUUUUGACCCCUAUGGUAUGAAUAAAAAGUUAAAUUUGGUAAGUUAAUGUAAAAUCGCCAGCGUUCAACUCGGGAAGGGCAAGGCCAUUGCAGCCUUUGUGGCUCCACAAAAAGAAGGGCCGAAUGAAAAUCUCAUGUUAAAAAUAUGUUACUUUCUACAUUUAUUUUUGGAAAAAAAAAAAUAAUUUCCAUAUAAAACAAGUUAAUUUUCUAGUUGAAAACAUAAAUACAUUUUGGUGCA